AACUCGAAGGCCAAAACUGCAUCGUUUGUUAAUGACCAAAGAUGAUCGAUCGAUCGAUCAUCCGUGUCCCCCGAUUCACCCAAUUUCCCUUUCAUACGUAGCAGCUCCCGGAGUCUGGUGGCGCGAUGAGUUCCCUUGCAGGAUCUGUGAGCGCCGCUCAUCCACUUGCUCUACCGGCGUGGAAUGGCGUCGUUAGGGUUUCAGGCACACCGACUCAUUUCUGGGGGAAGAAGAGGGGAAAACCGAAGAAUGGAGAAGUUGUACGAGCGUCCAUGGUGAAAGCUAGACCCAGUCUAGUGCCCGCCAUCAGAGAUCGGUUGCCUGACACUAGUAAUCCUUCUUUGCAACGAGGUGAAAUCUCCUCCUCCGGUUCAUCUAGCAGUGAUCGAGCAGAUGAUAUGCAAGCUGAAGCUCGGGCAUUGGCGCGUGCAGCUAAUGCUUCAGUUUAUAGCCCACAACUCUUGUUUACCAAAUUUGGCUCUCGACCCCUCAAGGUAGUGAGCAGAGGGUUCGAAAUCAUAGUUAGGCUAUGUUCUUUCGCCUUUAAACUGUGGCUGGACGAAUUGAAUGGCCAACUCAACCAAAACAGAAGAUUGAGGGCGGUGGAGUUGAGGCAGAUUUUCACCACUUUAGGCCCUACUUUUGUUAAGAUUGGCCAGGGAUUAUCCACCCGACCAGAUUUAUGCCCUCCAGAGUUUCUUGAAGAGCUAUCUAAAUUGCAGGAUGCAUUGCCUACUUUUCCUGACACGAAAGCAUUUUCCUGUAUUGAGACGGAGUUGGGAUGCCCACUCGAUGCAAUCUAUUCUUCUAUAUCUGCAUAUCCAGUUGCUGCAGCUAGUCUGGGCCAAGUUUAUAAAGCUCAACUGAAGUACACUGGUCAGGUAGUUGCUGUCAAGGUUCAACGACCGGGUAUCGAAGAAACAAUAGGAUUAGACUUUUGCCUUAUAAGAGGCUUAGGUGUUCUCAUCAAUGAAUAUGUUGACACGAUAACAAGCGAUGUUGUUGCUCUCAUUGAUGAAUUUGCUCGUCGAGUAUAUCAAGAGCUCAACUAUGUUCAGGAAGGACAGAAUGCAAGAAGGUUUAAGAAGUUAUAUGCAGACAGAGAUGAUGUUCUUGUCCCAGACAUUUUUUGGGACUACACGAGUGGGAAAGUUUUAACCAUGGAGUGGGUGGAAGGUGUUAAAUUGAAUGAGAUAGAGGCCAUUGAGAGACAAGGGCUAAACAUUUUGGAUCUGGUGAACACCGGCAUCCAGUGCAGUCUCAGACAAUUGCUGGAGUAUGGUUAUUUUCAUGCGGAUCCUCAUCCUGGAAACCUCUUGGCAACACCUGACGGGAAGCUUGCUUUUAUUGAUUUUGGUAUGAUGAGUGAAACUCCUGAAGAAGCAAGAUUUGCAAUUAUUGGUCAUGUGGUUCACAUGGUUAACCGGGACUAUGAGGCUAUGGCUCGUGACUACUAUGCAUUAGACUUCUUAUCGCCUGAUAUAGAUGUUUCUCCUAUUGUACCAGCACUUCGAGAUUUCUUUGAUGAUGCACUUAACUCUACCGUGAGUGACCUUAACUUUAGAACAAUUGUUGAUGGGUUGGGAGCUGUGUUGUAUCAAUACCCUUUUAAUGUUCCACCUUAUUAUGCAUUGAUUCUAAGGUCACUCUCUGUUUUAGAAGGCUUAGCUCUAUAUGCUGAUCCUAAUUUCAAAGUACUGGCUGCAUCAUAUCCAUAUUUUGCUAAAAGGCUUCUUACAGAUCCCAACCCAUAUCUUAGAGAUGCUCUCAUUGAGCUGCUUUUCAAGGAUGGGAAGUUCAGGUGGAAUAGACUUGAGAACCUGCUUGCCCAGGGAAAGAAAGAUCAAGAUUUUUCUGCAAAAGAUGCUUUUCAACCUGUCCUGAAGUUAUUAUUGGGUCCAGAUGACAUGGCGUUACGGGAUUUGGUGACUAAAGAGGCUAUCCGUGUCACUGAAGCAGUCAUUUUGGGAUCAAUUAUUGAAUCUUAUAACUUCAUCCUUGGUCCCUUGAGGUCUAUAAUCUUCAAUGGCAAUGCAGCUGGUCUUUUAAUGAGUACUGCAGAAGAGAAAAGUAUGAUGGAUCUCAGGGCACAAGUAUUUAGGAUAUGGGGUCUUUUACUAUCAUCUAAGGGUUUUGAUCCAAACCUUCUACAACCAAUUUUACAGGUAAUCUAUAUCUAGCAAUAUACGAGUAUGUUUGGCAAACUGACCUGAAAAGGCUAUGUUUGGCAAGCUGACCUGAAAAGGCAAAAAGGUGAAAUAGUGACUUUUUUCAAGGGGUGAAAAAGUGACUUAAAGCUGAAAAGGUAAUUGAUUAUUUUUUGAAAAGCAGGUGACUUGUUAUUUUUUUCGUCAAUCCAUCUAACUGAUUGUAUUUCACGUAUGAACAAACUUAAGUUUUUUAUUUUCCAAAAUACUCCAUAUUUAAUAGUCAAAUCAAUCCAUUGAAGUCAAAUAAGGUGCGUGUUUUGUUUGCCAAACAUAAUCCUAGUAUGGAAUUCUCGGUCAAAGAGGUAGUAACAUCUACUUUCACUUACAUUUGUUGAGGUCUCCGAGCAUGAAUUGCAUUCAAAAAAUUCGAUUUAUAGCUUGCUUUUAUCAUUAGUUAACUAAAUGAGAUACAACACACCCAUUAUAAUGGGGAGGAUAAAAUGUACACAUGUUUAUCCCUAUAUAAAAAAAUCAAAGGCUAUUUUUGCUAACCCUUAAUGCAUUGUUGUGUUUACUACACCCAAAACUUCAUAAAAAGUGGCAAGAGAAAUUUUAUGUGCCAUUUUGACUCAGUCCAUAUGCUUGAAACUAGCUAAAACUUUGUCAAUGAUGACCGUUGUAACUCCAUUGGCAAGUGAAAUAGCUGAAUACAAAAAAAUAGUUGUGUCAUUAUUUUGAAGCUAACUUUUGAAGCACUGAUGACCAGAUACUUCAAGAACCAGAGGCACGCCAGAUUGGGGGGAGUGUGGUUGGUGGAAUAAGCCAACGCCUUGCUGCACGGUUACUGCAACAAGUUCUUCAACCUCCUCCUUCUGGAUAGGAAAUGGCAUCUGCGCAUUCAAUCUAUUGGUCGUUCGAAGAAAAACUUAAACAUAGUGUAUUUACGCAUGUCAGAAAGGUUUUUUUAAUUACAUUUUUUGCCUUGUUUUACAUCCAUAAAAAAAGUUGCAAAAUUUGACAUACAUGCUUUUAUUUGCAUGUAAAAUACUUUGUAAAAGUUUCAUGUCAAAAAUACUUGUCAAUAAUGUCUAAAUUAUUAG